AGCGCACGCAUGAUCCACAGUUGCCGAGUGGCGCGUGCACGCACGGCACAAAUCCCAGGACAAUUUCGGUACGAUUUUCGGUAAUUAACGCCGUACGGUUUCGGUAACGCGAGUGUGAUGGCGCCUUUAUAGUGAAUUCAGAAGUUUCGAAAAUUAAAAUGUUUGAAUGUGUGAACUAGUGGUCAGGUAUACGGAACGUUCGUCAUUUAAAAUUCGAAUAUUUGUUUUUCUUUAUUUAAUCAAAUACAAUGUUUAUUAAUCUCGAAAUCUAGAUGGUCAAUAAUUAUUUAGAAUUAUUUUCACAGUGACGUAAAUAAAAUGUUGUCAUUUAUAAUAAAAGUGAUAGACUAAUAGGAGAAGAAACCUUAGUGCAUAGUGUAAAUAAAAUACCUAUUUCAAGAAAAGAUUACGUGGAAAUAAAAAUGCAACCUUCCACUUGUUGAGUGCAUAAUUCAGAAAUAAAUUCUGUAUCAAAUACAAAACGAUUUUUCACAAUCGUUUUGAAUUUCAAAUAUGUCUUUAUAAAGCGGGAGCUUUUGUGUCUCCCGGACUAUUUCUUGUUGAAGACCAACGGAGGUCGUGUGUGUUCAUGUUUUGGAGACGUUUUUGGAAGACUUAGAACUAUGGGAAAUCUUGGAACAUUCACGACAAGACUGGCAGCAUUCCUACUCUUGCACACAGCAGGGGUAGGCCUGGCGUCUCCAACUGUCCUGGUAACCAGACCAUCCAGGGCCAUGGAAUGGCUGCCGACUGACAACCAAACGCUGUACAGUAUAGCAGGAGGAGAAAAGAGAAGUUUGGAGCUUAAUACGUCAUCGCUGACGCAACGUCAAGUCGUCAUCAACAUCAGUCCUUGUUCCCGAGACAUUCACUGGGCUAUGUAUCAUGGCGCUGAUGAGAGACACCUCCAACUAUUCAAGGAGCAUUCUGGUGGUGAUAUGACCGUUUUCUCUAUCGUCGUGGUCCCAGAUACGAGAUAUAUAUUGCAGCUCUCAUCUACAAGAGGUGGUUCGUCAGUGGUCAGCGUGCGCGGUGAAGUCACCCGGCUUGUGCGCAUGCGCCUACGCUUCCGAUCGAGACGGAGACUCUCCGCCAAUUGGGAACCCAGCCCUAUAGACCCUCAAUCAACGAGCUACUGCGUCGUGGCAUCGCAACGAAAAAACUACACAUCCCUCUGCGCAGCCCAGCUUGAUUCAAAAACAAAUCGAUUAGACAAACCUAAUCGAUACAACUUGGAUCGAGUAGACAAUGACACGCGGAGCGAUUCCGUCGAGAUGGACAACAAAAUCGAUUCUGAUUUCAACAUUUAUGAGGAGCAAUUCCAGAAUGUUUAUAGAAGGAAAAAGUUUGGUCGCAGCACUAAAGCUACCGAUGGUGAUCCAGUGAUAGCGUGUGUUGGUGAUACAACUCAUCAUGUUAUAGAAAAUCUUGAUCCGAGCUCGAGCUAUUAUGUCAGUGUGUUCGGAGUGGCCAGAGACAGGAGGGCUGGAUCACUCCUGGCCACUGGCAGCGUUCGUCCUAGGACCUCCACAGCCAAGAGGUUACGAGAAAACGUGCCGUUGAGAUCUGACAUUCGAGGGAAAGCAGUUUAUUAUUUUAAGGCUGCACUGGGUAGCGGCGGUGGAGUAUGGAUGACAGUGUCCAUUUGUGGCGGAGCGGUCGAUGUGGAAGUUCUUGUAAGGGGGAAACGGCUCUACUUAGCUAAAAAUAUUGAACCUCACUCGAAGUUUUUCGUGCCAGCCCCAAUGCCGUCUUCUCUUCAAGAGACGAGUGAUGAAGGGUCCGUGCAGUUUGACUCCAGCUCUGAAGAGACCAAGACGCGAUAUGUCGUCAGGAUCGUGCCUUGCAGGUCAGACAGAGAUGGUACUGUCGGAGUCGAGCUAACAGCAUCAACAACACGUUGGGGCGUGAACACACCAGAGCUACUGGACGAUGGGUCGGUGGUUCGGGAGCUGCGCCCGCGCCGAUCCUGCAAGACUCUAGACGUCGCGUUCUUACCCGCCACUCACAACGCCACUGACGUCAUCAGAUAUUGCGUAACUGCUCGCGAGAACCCCAGCGUUGGUAGCUACGUGUGUUCCUUCCAGAAGAAAUUCCCAGCUCGGACCCAGUGCGUCAACCAUCUGCAAAGACCACAGGCAAGAGUGAUAGUACAGAAAAUAAGCGGUUUGAAGCCUGGUAGAAAGUACGCCAUUCAGGUUAUAGCUUCAAAUAAAGGGAGUGCUGUGCCGUAUAAAGUUUUAUACGCUGAUACAAACGUCUCUUGUAAAGAAGAUUGAAGACGAAAAAGAAUUUUUGAAUAGGACCCUGCAAUGGAGCAGCGUGAUAGUUACUCUAUACCCCUUCAGACUGACUGAGGGGAGACCUGUGCUCAGCAGUAGAAAGCUGCAUUAGGACGUAUAAUCUAAAGUGUGUUACUGACACCGUAAAUACAAAAAUAAGGGUUCCGUUUUACAUUUUGAGCUUCGGAACCCUAAUGAAUGUCUACUUGAUUGUACUAAAAACGAUGAAAGGUGUUUUUCUUGUCAAAAUCUUUCAAUGGUUUUUAAUAUUUUUUUUUUAUUAUUUAUUUAUAUUUUAAAUUUGUGUUCUAUGGAGCUAAAAGCACAAAAAACACUAGAUUUUCAUGACUUUUCCGACAGAAAUUUCCACUUGAUAUCAACUCUAUCAUGGUUUGAAUCAUCUCUCAAAGUUUUCAUUACGGUGUCACUAACACCCUCUAUUAUAAAGGCUAUUAUGUUUAUGUAGGUAAAAAAGCACUGUAUUUUAAGAAAAAUACUGCAACUAUCUCUCCUUUAAAUUUUUCCUACCUGCCAUACCCGCUUUAGCACAGUCUCAUGAAAAUAAACCACCUACUUAUCAAGAAAUUAGCCUCGUAGCAAAUUGCGCGCAAUGCCAACUAAUUAUUUUGGCUCUCUUACCUGUCUAUCGCAUCCCGCGCGAUAUUUUAUAAGUACAGAGUGCUACAACUACUCAUCUUUAUCCAUUUUUUUCCUUAUGAAUCUCUUUAGUAAUACCUACAAAACUGUAAAAGAUAUACCUGCCUACUGCACUUAAUUAAUCACCUAUAUGGUAGGUACAUGGUACUAAAAUAUAUUUUAAAAAGUUUAAAAAAUGUACAUAAAAUAUCAAAAGGAAUAUAUUAAAGAAAAGUACAAUUACCUGCUAUAGAUAUUUAUUUAGUCUUUUAAAAUAAAAGUAUUAGGUAGGUAAUUUAGCGCCUUAUAAAAUAAAUCUAAACUUAGUUGGAUAAGGUGGCAUUUAUAAUUAUCUAGUUAUUAAUUAUUACUUUAGUAAUUUACGAUAAGCAUCUACUUAAUAGGUAUUUUUGUAACGAUUCAUAAGUUCCUAUUAUCCAUGUAAAUAAAACCUAUAUACCUUUAAAAUAUUAAAUAUUAUAGAAAAUUAAAAAUGUAUAUCUAUCGUAAAUUAAUUACUGAGAAUAAAGAUUAUAAGUACGUAA